UGCGCGUGCGUAUUGGAUUGGCUGCCGGUAGGCUUCUGUGCGUCGGAAGAUCCGUGAAUGUCGUUUUCAGGUUUGGCGGCAGUUUGAACGGUUAGUGGUGUUCGGUUCACAAGAGUCAGCGACCUCUGCGAGUCGUCGGGUGCACAACCGAGGUGAGAUAAUGAGGCAGCUACUGGAGCUGAGCUCCACCGUCAGUUGCAAGCCUUGGGCCCUCUGGCUCCUGCCUCAGCCCUGUCCCAAAGACCAGUGCAGCCUCGGUCUACAACGAGCAGACAGAGCAUUGAAACACGGAACGCAUUGGGAGAGAUUCGUGCAGAGGAAUAUGACUCAGCCUACAUAUCGGAUCGGCUUCGCUUGGCAGUUGGUUAAGACCCAGCAGUCUGCGGGAGAAACUCAGUGGGUCGAGCAGUGUCCGGGUGGGGAAGCGGAGGAAAGGAACUGUCGACGACGUUUCAAGAUCUGAUGCUGGGAUUCGACCUGAAACGUCUACACUUCCUCUCCUUACAUUGAUUCUGCUCGACCUGCUGAGUUCCUCCCGUAGAAUACUUAUUGCUCCGCAUUCCAGCAUCUGCAGUCACUUCCGUCUCAGUUGGUCAGCUUGGACACGUUGGGAUGAUGAGGCUGUUUCCGUGAAGAGCAUGACUCUGGUAUUUUCGGACCUUUGGCUCUUGACUGACUCUUUCAAGUGUUUGUGAGGAUGGCCCCUACUACAAACUCAUGGUCCACAAGAAAUGGAAAGUAAUAAAUGGCAUCGUAGGAGGCAAUUUACACACCACGAUCAACGACGACACAAUCAGCAACGAUACCGAGCAUAUUAUGGUCACAGGAACCAGCAGCAUGACUCCAGUGAAUCCAGCGAGCAGAAUAGUUCCAGUAUGUCAGCAGGAGAACCAACUAACAGUACUUCACUGCCACCUGAUGUACCCGAGCUGCCUGGAUUUUACUAUGAUCGAGAAAAGAACAGGUAUUUUAGGCUAUUACCAGGACAUAAUAAUUGUAACCCUCUUACUUGGGAGGCAAUUAACCAAAAGGAAAUGGAAGAAAAGCGACUGAAGAUGUUGGCGGAAGAUGCUAGUAAUACGAGGGUCGCUCGAACGGGUAUGGACUUUAUUUCACUAUACUGCAAAAGACAUUGUGGAUUAAUGAACUUGCAAUCAUAUCAUCGGCAUGUUCAUGAGCUCAAGAUCAGUAGAAUGAGAAGGAAUACGCUCAAGAUUCAAAAUUCAGAGUCUUCCAGCACAAGCAAUUUUGGAAUGAUUUUAGCAGACACCAAUUGUGAGCGGUUAUUUGUUGUAAAAAACGAUGAAACUGGCUACAAAUAUGGAAUUGUGAAUCUGGAGGGAUGUAGGAAGGGAUCUGGCUUAAUUUCUGUGACUUUGUGUGACAAUCUGUACACCACAUUUCGCAAGGGCACCUCCGUUUGUUGGGCUUCUCUCUCUGGGCAUGAUUCACAUGUCUUGCUUUGUCUUACAGGUCAUGCAGAUACCCCAGGAAGUGUCAGCCUGCUUCCGAGUUCAAUAUUUAGUAAUUCAAGCAUGGAAGAACAGCCAAGGAUGAUGUGCAACUUUAAGAGCUCAACUGUCUGGACCUGCACCUGGUGCUAUAACCCACAAGCUGACAAGUGCUUCAGUACAGGUUUGUUGCAUCGUGUUUUUGUGACUGAUGCUGUGACAGGACAAAAGCAGAUAUUCAGCACAAACAGUGACGUUCUUGCUCAGCAGUUUGCUCGCAGGGUCCCAGUAUUGUACAAUGGCUGUCGGUCUGGUGAGAUUUUCAGCAUAGACAUCAGACAACAAAGAAGGAAAGGACAAAGCUGGAAAUGUACUAAUUUCUUUCAUAACUCCGCUGUGACCUGCAUCCGACUCCUGCAAGAUGAAAACUAUCUCAUUGCUGCAGACAUGAUUGGGGAGAUUAAGCUUUGGGACUUGAGGACUGCAAGGUGUGUCAAGCAGUAUGAAGGUCAUUACAACAAGCACGCUCAGCUCCCCAUACACAUCAAUGAAGAAGUAGGAGUUCUUUUAGCUGUUGGACAGGAUCACUAUACACGGAUCUGGAGUCUGAAGGAUGGUUGCCUCCUUCGAACUAUUCCAUCUCCUCACCCUGGCUCCAGUGACUCGAUUCCCAGUAUAGCCUUUUCUUCACAACUGGGUGGGAGCAGAGGGGUACCUGGACUGAUAAUGGCUGUCAAACAAGAUCUAUAUCACUAUACGUACAACACCGAUCUCCAACGAGCUUGAAGGGAGAGUUCCAAGACCACUGUGUACAGUCUCCUGGGGGGAUUUUUAAUGUGAAAUACAGAAAAUAAUAUAAAUAAAUUUGUUUGUGUUUUUA